AUGGACGAAAAGGAAGCCAAAGAUAAGAUGCCGCCAAACAGACCGAGCGUCGACAUGGAAAACACGUCCUCCGACAUAGCCAACGAAAAGACAUAUCCACCAAAGAAAGUCGUCCUACCAACAAUGCUAGCUCUCUUUCUCGUAUUCUUCCUCGUCGCUCUGGACCGCACAAUCAUUGGCACAGCAAUCCCAUCCAUCUCCGCCGAAUUCGACAGCUUUGGCGACAUCGCCUGGUACGAAUCAGCCUUCCUUCUCCCCCUCUGCGUCUUCCAGCUCUCCUUCGGCCUCGUCUUCAAAUACUACUCCACCAAAUGGGUUCUGUUCAUCUUAACCGCCAUAUUCGAAAUCGGGUCUAUUGUUUGUGCUGCUGCACCAAACUCCAAUGCUUUGAUCGUUGGACGAGCUAUCACUGGCAUUGGAGGCGCGGGGAUUGGUUCUGGCGCGUUCGUCUACAUCACGCUGCUGUUUCCUUUGGAGGAGAGACCCAAAUAUCUCGGAUCACUCGGUUCUGCCUUUGGAAUCUCGUCGAUCUUGGGGCCGAUUCUUGGGGGCUAUCUUACCUCUGUUACAUGGCGCUGGUGCUUUUGGAUCAACGUCCCCAUCGGCGGACUUUCACUCAUCCUCCUGUUCAUCUUGGCACCGAAUAGACCACCUCCCAGCGAACCACCCGAGUCAUGGCGUCAAAGAUUCCUUGACCUUGAUCCACUGGGUUUCCUCAUGAUUGCUGGAUCGGUCGUUAGUCUUCUCUUCGCGCUCGAGUAUGGCAAGGAGAACCAACAGUGGACAAGCGGACGCGUCAUCGCUCUCUUUGUCGUCUUUGGUGUUUUGUUCCUCAUCUUCGCAGGCUAUCAGGCUUGGAGGAAGGAAAAAGCAACAGUGCCCCCACGGAUUCUCUUCCAGCGUACAACCUUCUUUGCCUACCUAAACACCCUGGCUAUUGGUUCUAUACUGGUCAUUUACGCGUUUUACCUUCCUGUUUGGUUCCAGGUGGUCAAAGGCAAGUCGCCGCAAGAUUCAGGUAUUGCCCUGAUACCGCUUCUACUAAGUAAUGUGUUCUGUGUAAUUCUCGGUGGUGUUUUGGUUAGCAAGAUUGGAUACUAUACGCCGUUUGCUAUUGCUGGAGCUGCUGUGUUUAUUGUUGGAGCGGCAUUGAUAAGUACCUGGACGGCAGAUGUUACCAAGGCCAAAUGGAUCGGCUAUCAGAUCAUCACAGGAGCAGGCAUGGGCUUGACGCUACAACAACCCGCCAUCGCCGUUCAAACCGUUCUCUCAGAAAGCGACAGCCCGAUUGGCCUUUCAAUCUUGAACUUCUUGACCUUCCUUGGUGGAACAGUGUUUGUCACCGUCUCGCAGACAUUACUUGAAGGACAACUCGAGAGCAAAAUCGCACAGUAUGUUCCUGGAGUUGACAUCAACACGCUUGCAAACAGUGGCGCAACGAAUCUUUGGAAGCUCGUGCCUUCCGACAAAGUCGACUUGGUGUUGAAUGCGUACAACGAUUCGAUGCGGUCUAUCUGGUAUCUUGGCUUGGGCAUGGGAUGUUUUGCUCUGAUUACCUCAUUCGGGUUUGAGUGGAAGAACGUCAAGGCAAAGAAAAUGGCAGGGGCAGCUGCAACUGCAUAG